AUGGUCGAGAUACGUGAGGAAUCGACUGAACCUCUGAAUGGUUCUGGUUCGAGCUCAGCAGGGACAUCUGGUCCACAGCCGAAUACCGGAACAUCCCAGGGAACCAUGACCCUCUCGCAGUACGUUUCUGCCAACAUGAUGGAUUGCUGCUUGCUUGUUACCAGACUGAUGACAUUAUUCUUCACUUUAUGCUAUUUGAUACCAUUCCUGUCUCCGGUAUCUGCAGAUUCCGCUUACUACAAGGCGUUCGCUGCUGCGGCUGCCACCAAUGCUCUUCGUAUGCAGCAAAGAGUGGGAACUGUCUCAUUCAGUCGUGAAUUCCUUUCUCGUCUUCUUCUCGAGGACAGCUGUCACUAUCUUUUCUAUUCAAUCUUAUUCCUGACUUCGGCACCGGUCACCAUGGCUCUUCUGUCAGUGUCACUGUUUGCAGCUCUUCAUGCUGCAGCACAAGUGGUCAAACUGAUGAAUGCCAUAGGCCAAGGAGGUUCUCCACUUGCUUAUCGUCUUUCCGCUCUUUGUCAGCAGCAUACUGCAAAUUGUCUCGGAGUAAUCGCUUGCGGAGAGAUCUUCCUCAUUCCAGUACUUAUCUCUAUGAUUUUCGUGUGA